AUGAGACGAUACGAUAACUACGGCAUCAACUCAACAACGGAUGUUGCAGCAUCAACAGCACGAGAAGCUUUGACUGAGGAAGAAAUUGUGGAAUUGGCUCAAUUUGCCUAUGAUACGGCCAGCAAACGGGCAAUAACCGACAUGGCAAGUGUUGACGUGAAUACGGGGAUUACUUCCCACAAAACGGCCACCAUCAGGAAUUACAACACUCAACCCAGACUUGUGUACAAAACGGUGGUUGGUGUAAACGGGCCUCUCGUCAUUUUAAACGAUGUGAAGUUCCCUCAAUUCAACGAAAUCGUCAACAUCACUCUUCCCGAUGGAAGCAAACGAUCCGGACAAGUCCUUGAGAUUACACGAAACAAGGCUGUCGUACAGGUGUUCGAGGGAACCUCGGGAAUUGACGCAAAGAACACGAUCUGCGAGUUCACUGGUGAUAUUUUGAGAACCCCUGUCUCGGAGGACAUGUUGGGUCGAAUCUUCAACGGAUCCGGAAAACCCAUCGAUAAGGGACCACCAGUGACGGCUGAGGAUUUCUUGGAUAUCAACGGGCAGCCGAUCAAUCCAUGGUCUCGAAUCUAUCCUGAGGAGAUGAUCCAAACAGGAAUUUCGGCUAUCGAUGUGAUGAACUCAAUUGCCAGAGGACAAAAGAUUCCAAUCUUCUCAGCUGCCGGUCUUCCACACAACGAAAUUGCGGCCCAAAUUGUGCGACAAGGAGGUCUUGUCAAGCUGCCGGCUUCUGAACGAAAACAUGGAACCGGAGAGGAUUCAAACUUCGCUAUUGUCUUCGCCGCUAUGGGGGUUAACAUGGAAACCGCUCGUUUCUUCAAACAGGACUUCGAAGAGAACGGUUCCAUGGAGAAUGUGUGCCUGUUCUUGAAUCUUGCCAACGAUCCGACUGUCGAAAGAAUCAUCACUCCUCGCAUUGCUUUGACUGCUGCUGAGUUCUUCGCUUAUCAAUGUGAAAAGCAUGUGUUGGUCGUGUUGACUGACAUGUCCUCGUAUGCCGAAGCUCUUCGUGAGGUAUCAGCUGCUCGUGAAGAAGUACCCGGUCGUCGUGGUUUCCCCGGAUACAUGUACACUGAUUUGGCGACAAUCUACGAGAGAGCCGGUCGUGUCGAGGGACGAGAUGGAUCAAUUACUCAAAUCCCCAUUUUGACUAUGCCUAACGAUGACAUCACUCACCCGAUCCCCGAUUUGACUGGAUACAUCACGGAGGGUCAAAUCUACGUUGAUCGUCAACUUCACAACAGACAAAUCUACCCUCCAAUCAACGUGCUCCCAUCUCUGUCACGUCUCAUGAAAUCGGCUAUUGGAGAGGGAAUGACUCGUGCGGAUCACUCUGAUGUCUCAAAUCAAUUGUACGCCUGCUACGCCAUCGGAAAGGACGUGCAAGCCAUGAAGGCCGUCGUCGGAGAGGAAGCUCUUUCAUCUGACGAUCUUCUCUAUCUUGAGUUCCUCACCAAGUUCGAAAAGAACUUCAUCUCACAAGGGAACUACGAGAACCGAACGGUAUUCGAUUCAUUGGAUAUUGGAUGGCAAUUGUUGAGAAUCUUCCCACGUGAAAUGUUGAAGCGUAUCCCCGAAUCUACCUUGGACAAAUUCUACCCACGUGGUGGAGCUGGCGGUGGUGGAGACAAGGCC